AAUCCACUCCCGCCCUCCUGGAUGCUGCGACUGCAAUGCACCGCGCACGUUGCUUUCACAUUAAUUUUCACACUUGUUGAUGGUUUGACCCUGAGAGAGGGGAGGUGCGCAGAUGACGUCCAGCCCAAAGAUACACGCUCGUCCUCGUCUGCCUUUGAGACUUUUUUACUUUCUGGUUGGACACCAUCCUGCUAAGAAUGACUUUGAGCAUCUGAAUUUGGUUGUAACAGUCACAGGUGGAAGUGUUGUGUUCACUGACCUGUUCAGAAACAGGCCAAGAUGAGAUCCUCACGUGCAGCUUUGACAUGGUGUGCCCUCAGGUGGAUCCUUGUCCUGCUUGUCACUGCAAAGCAGCUUAAUGCAGGAAAUGUGGAAGGGCCAUGUGAUGGGAGAGACUGUUCUGUGUGCCGAUGUCUUCCUGCCAAAGGUGCACGGGGAUCGCCAGGUAAAUCAGGCAAGCAAGGACCUCGGGGUCCAAUGGGACCAUGGGGCAGUGAAGGCCAGGCUGGAGAGAAAGGCAGGUUGGGAGCACAGGGAUCACCAGGCCCAGAAGGGCUCAAAGGAGCCCGGGGCAAAACUGGAGCACCAGGUUUUCCUGGUCACGAGGGCUCAUUGGGUCACCCUGGAGCGGGUGGUGAGCCUGGUUUGCCUGGAGUGGACGGCUGUGAGGGGGCUCGGGGUAAACCUGGGGUCCCGGGUAUUCCUGGCCUGGAUGGUCUGCAUGGGGCACCUGGAUUUCCUGGACCAAAAGGGCUUAAGGGAGAACCCUUGUAUACUGAUUCCCUUCCUGGACUUCCUGGAGAUCCCGGUCGACCUGGAGAUCGUGGUCUUCCUGGCCCAGUAGGAGACCCUGGACCUAAAGGCUACAUUGGGGCUCCAGGCCCACCUGGAAAUCAAGUCUCGAGAGGGAUUAAAGGUAUCCGAGGACCACCAGGGGACCCUGGAAGACCACAGCCAGGCACAAAAGGAGACGACGGUGAACAAGGUCCGCCCGGUCCAGAAGGACCAGAAGAAGUCAUUGAGUUUCCCCCAGAUUUCCUCCCACCCAAAGGUUACAAGGGAGACAGGGGUCCUCCUGGACCAUGUGGACCAAAGGGCAAACAAGGUGGGCAAGGAGACUCCUUCAGUCAAGGAAUGAAAGGAGAGGAAGGAUUUCUUGGUUUCCCUGGACCUCGGGGUUUUUCGGGGUCACCUGGCAGUUCAGGACCUUUAGGACCUGAGGGUUUACCAGGGGAUAGGGGGCUUCCAGGUCUCAUUGGAACAAUUGGACCAAAGGGCUAUCAUGGAGAUCCAGGUCUCCCUGGUCCCUUGCAGUAUUUGAAAGGGUCUACUCUCAGAGGAGAACAGGGUGAAAAAGGCUAUCCUGGGAAUCCUGGAUUACCAGGUGACCCUGGAGUAAUGGGUAUGCAUGGACUUCCUGGCCCGAAAGGACUACCAUUUCCAGAUUAUCUGAGUGUGCCUGGUCCUAGCGGACCUCCAGGUCCCAAAGGCUUUAAGGGAGAGCCAGGGAGGUACAAUGACUUAAUCAAUCCACUCCCAGGACCAAAAGGAAGAAAAGGACUCGGUGGGAUUAAAGGUGUCACUGGACUUCCUGGUCCUCCAGGGUGCGGCGACUAUAUAUGUGAGCCUGGUUAUCCAGGUGACUCUGGUGAUAGAGGACCCCCAGGACCUCAUGGAAACAAAGGCUUCAAAGGAUAUAAAGGUUGUGAAGGAGAAUGUAAAUGUCGGUUUGUUCGAGGACCGCCUGGUCAGCGUGGUUUUCCAGGAGCUCCAGGAUUACCGGGAACUCCAGGGAUUGAGGGAGACCCAGGACUGAAAGGAGAAGAGGGUCCCACAGGGCCACGUGGGGUUAAAGGAUAUGUGGGUUUAAAAGGAGUAAAGGGACAAAAGGGGGAUGAUAUUAUUUCAACAGUUAAAGGUCCAAAGGGAAACCAAGGAGACACUGGACAUCCUGGUUCCACUGGACAACUUGGUAAACCAGGACUAGAUGGUCCUCCUGGGCUGGCAGGAGACCCUGGACCACCUGGGGCCUCAUAUAUAGGUAGACCUGGUCCCAAAGGAGACCCAGGUAUGUUUGGUUCUAAAGGUCUUCCAGGGAUUCCGGGGCCCCCAGGUCCUGUUUUCCAAGGCCCCCAGGGUACAGCAGGACCGAAAGGAGACCAAGGGUAUCCAGGCGCUCAAGGAAUUCUUGGGCGAAAGGGCCCUCCAGGUGACACUGAACUCUGUUGCCAUGACAAUGUGACUGGAUCAUCGGGUCUUAAGGGAGAACCUGGUUCACCAGGGAUUCCAGGUGAACCUGGAAGAGAUGGCCUCCUAGGAGCCCCAGGACUUCCAGGACCUAAAGGCAUGAACGGAGACGAUGGUGGAAUUGAAGUGAUCGGAUCUCCAGGGCCACAAGGUUUAAAUGGAGAUCGAGGUGACCGUGGUAUGACUGGAAAUAGCCUUGAUGGUUCUCAAGGCACUCCCGGACUACCAGGACCACCAGGGAGGAAAGGUUGCCCUGGAGAUGUGCUCAAUGCUUUGCCAGGUCCUCCUGGUCAACCUGGCCAACCUGGAGAUAGAGGGAGAAAGGGAAUUCCUGGCAGUCCAGGAAGCCAAGGGUUGCCAGGUAUACAAGGCCAACCUGGACGGCCAGGUCCAAAAGGAGAACAAGGAUUUAAUGGGGACCAUGGAGCUCCAGGACUUCCAGGUCUACCAUGUAUAUUAUGUGAGUUAAGAGGACCUCCUGGACCCCCAGGUCCUCCAGGAAACCCUGGACCGAGAGUACCAGGGAUUCCUGGUCCAAGGGGCCCAAGGGGAGAUCCAGGCCCAUCUGGUCAUGGCCAUGUGGGUGUACCGGGUCUCCUUGGUCUUCCUGGUAUACCAGGCCCAGCAGGACAAAGAGGCCCUGCUGGAUCUCCGGGAGAUCCCGGGAAUGAUGGUUGGCUAGGACAGAAAGGUGAGUUGGGGUUCCCUGGCAGGGAUGGGGACAGAAGCUUACCAGGGCCUCCCGGACCUUCAGGACCCAGAGGCAAGCAGGGGGAAAGAGGCUUUAUUGGUCAACCAGGUGGCACAGGAGAACCAGGAUAUCCUGGUAUUAAAGGAAUAUGUGGCCCCAAAGGAUUACCUGGAGAAGCAAGACUUGUGAGUUUAACAAAGGGAGCACAAGGAACCCCUGGCAGAAGAGGACAUUCAGGCCGACCAGGACCAAUAGGUGCAAAGGGCCAAAGCGGAGGGCCAGGUGAUCCAGGACCGGAGGGGUUCCCUGGUUCACCAGGAAUUAAAGGUGAUGCUGGUGUACCAGGGAGACCUGGGAUACCUGGAGAUUCUGGGGACCCUGGAUUGAAAGGUUUUCCUGGACCAAGGGGAUACCUUGGGAAUGAUGGAGCUCUGGGAGAUCCAGGAUCAAGGGGGCAUCCAGGAAUUCCAGGGGUUACAGGAUUUCCAGGUGCCAAAGGUGACCCAGGAGACUCUUUUGGACAACCCGGUAGCCCAGGGCCGAAAGGAAUUAAAGGGGAAAAGGGAUUCAGUGCACCAAUUGGGGAUCCCGGGGAUCCAGGCGAUCUAGGUCCAAGGGGAUACUCGGGAAUGCCUGGACAGCCUGGCACUCCUGGUGAACCAGGAAUACACGGUGGAUUAGGUUUUCCUGGGCCUAUUGGCCCUCCGGGUCGUCCAGGUGUUCCAGGUGUUCAAGGUGAUAGUGGGUAUGUGGGGCCCCUUGGUCCACCAGGCCCAACUGGACCUUCAGGACUCCCUGGGCCUCCUGGUCUUUCUGGACUGGAUGGUCUUCGAGGACCAAAAGGGAUGAAAGGAGCUUGCGGAGUAACUUUUCCUGGCCUCCCAGGACCGGAUGGCUAUCCUGGAAACAAAGGUUCCAGUGGACUGCUGGGCCCUCAAGGACCCUCUUUUCCAGGGCCGAAAGGCCUUAUGGGUCCACCAGGUGACUCAGGUCCUCCCGGUUCUCAAGGUGAACCUGGUUACCCUGGGAGAGAAUGUGACAAACCUUUGCCCGGACCUGUUGGAGAUGCAGGAUCUGAAGGGGCUACUGGGCCCCAAGGUCCUCCUGGGCAGCAAGGUGAACCAGGCAGCCUUUUUUUCCACAAAGGAGAUCCAGGGCCAAAUGGCCUACCUGGGCCUCCAGGCCGAAAGGGAGAUAAGGGCUAUCAAGGAAAUCAAGGAGCUUCAUCAUAUCCAGGAAUUCCAGGACCCAAAGGUGAGAGAGGCCCUCCUGGCUCCAGAGGUUUUCAAGGAGCUAAAGGACUAAGAGGUGAUCCUGGACCCUUGGGGAGGAAAGGAGUAACUGGCCAACCUGGAGACAUUGGUGCCAAGGGUGCCCAUGGUGAUUGUAUUUCUGAACCCCCAAGGAGAGCUCCAGAUGGCCCUCCAGGACCACCUGGAUACGCAGGACCCAAUGGGUUCCCAGGCGCGAUGGGUCCACCUGGGCGUAAUGGAUCUAAAGGACCAAAAGGUCCAUUUGGUUCUUGGGGCCUCCCUGGACCCCCAGGACCUCCUGGUAUUGAUGGUUCUAUAGGUGAACAAGGAGAUUUUGGUCAGCCAGGAUUCAUAGGGCCUCAAGGCAGCCCAGGUGGACAUGGUGACCCAGGCGUGCCAGGUUAUACGAGAACAUCAAGCUCAGGCUUCCUGUUGGUUCUUCACAGCCAAUCAGUUCAAGUGCCGAAUUGCCCUGAUGGCAGCAGUCAGCUUUGGGUGGGCUAUAGUCUGGCCUACUUGGAGGGACAGGAGAAGGCUCACACACAAGACCUUGGUCAAGCUGGCUCUUGCUUGCCCAUGUUUUCCACCAUGCCGUUCUCCUACUGCAACAAAGCUGCCUGUCACUACUCGGCUCGGAACGACAAAUCCUACUGGCUCUCCACAACGGCAGCCAUACCCAUGAUGCCGCUCAUUGGCCACGAGAUCAGAUCGCACAUCAGCCGCUGUGUGGUUUGCGAGACGCUUUUUCCCGCUGUGGCCUUACACAGUCAGGAUCCAUCAAUUCCCCCGUGCCCAUCUGGCUGGAGGAGCCUGUGGACGGGCUUCUCCUUCCUCCUUCAAACAGGGGCAGGUGACGAGGGCGGCGGUCAGUCUCUGACGUCCCCCGGCAGUUGCCUUAAGGAUUUCCGAACUCACCCGAUCAUUGAGUGUCAGGGUGCGCGAGGGGCGUGUCACUACUUCGCCAACCUCUACAGCUUCUGGCUGACCGCAGUACGCCCCAUAGAUCAGUUUGUCAAGCCGAGGCCCAGUACCAUCAAAGCUGCCGAUGAGCAACGACGCAAAGCCAGUCUGUGCCAAGUCUGCCUCAGACAGUAGAGGAACUUUGGGAAAUUUGGCCCAACUGUGGAAGAAGGAGGCUUUGGAUUGCCUGAUGCUCUGUUUAUUUUUUGUUUUGAAAAAUCCAAUUUGGCAGAAAAAUAACAAAUGUGAAAUAGAAACACUACUACAAAAACUACGAAUAAUGAAAUGUCUACAUCAAGCACACACUGAGGCCACGGACUAUAACGGCUUCCACACGUUGCUCUUUGAGACCAUCCAUCCAUCCAUCCAUCCAUUUUCUGAGCCGCUUCUCCUCACUAGGGUCGCGGGCGUGCUGGAGCCUAUCCCAGCUGUCAUCGGGCAGUCUUCGAGCAGUGAUUCCCAACCUUUAUUGAGGCAAGGCAUAUAUUUUACAUGAGAAAUAUCACACGACACACCACGAAACAAAAAUUUCACAAAAAGUGUUUACUCUAUACUGAAAUAACGAUUACCUCAAUUCAAUUUACUGACAAAUGUAUUGAGAGUGAAAUCGGGGCCCUUUUAGUUCAACACAAAGCUAUUAUUCCGCUGUAUGAACGGCAACAGUCGGAUUUACGGCUUAAUUGUACCUGAUGGGAACAGUGGGAGACUGGUUAGCACAUCCGCCUCACAGUUCUGAGGGCUGGGGUUCAAAUCCCCGCCCCGCCUGUGUGGAGUUUGCAUGUUCUCCCCAUGCCUGCGUGGUACAUCAGUCUCCUCCCGCAUCCUAAAAACAUGCAGAGUCAGUUAACUGAAGGCUCUAAAUUGCCCGUAGGUGUGAAUGUGAGUGCGAAUGGUUGUUUGUUUAUAUGUGCCCUGUGAUUGGCUGUUUCAGGGUGUACCCCGCCUCUCGCCCGAAGAUAGCUGGGAUAGGCUCUAGCACGCCCGCGACCCUAUUGAGGAGAAGCGGAACAGAAGAUGAAUGAAGGAAUGUACCUGAUUCCAUCUAGUGGACGAGCAUUUAACUGUUUUGCCUGUCACUUUACAUCGCUGGCACAGAUACAAAAGAUGAACAAAGAUAAAUUAAUUUUUGGGCCAAUUAAGUGAAAUCUGAUAAUUUCCCACAACACACCUGAUGAACGCUCAUGGCACAGUGGCUUGGAAUCACAGUUCUUGACCAUCCUUCCCAGUUCCUUGAACAGCAUCCUCUGGAUUAGUAGUUUUGUUUGGUGCUAAAUUUGUUUUAUAAUAUUUUUUUAAAAUACAGCUUUACAUACAAAUUCAGCUUUUUCUUUAAAAAAAUGAUGGAAUAAAAUAUAAAAAUUGAAA